CUCGUAGAAAGUAGGACUAGUACGCCCGCGCAGUCCUCAUCUAGCUAGCUAGUGCAUGCACGGGUGAAGUACCUGGUACUGCAUUCUCGGACACGUAAUCCCUCGUUUCUCAAACUUUCUAUUACCAGCAUAGUUCAUUAAUACUCAUUACUCACAAAACAAAAACAGCGCAACCAUAACCAUGAAGCUGCUUGCAUUAUUGUGGGUGUCUUCUCUCGCCGUUGGAGAGUGUUCCAGUCAAGUUGCAGAUAUCCAUGUUGCAGACACCGACAUUGAUCAAGUUCUGCAAAAACAAAUAGAUUCGGUUGAACCAGUCCUUUCAAAUGAAACAUCUUGUGAUCCCCUCUCAUCCUCGCUUUGGAGUGAGGAAAACCUUUUCAAUGUCUCCAGUUUGUGGAAGCUAGAUACCACGGCUCAAAAUUUACUGAGGCAGCUAGGCAAAUCACUCUCUGAUAUUGAUCACUGGAAGAAUGAUCCAUAUGAAGUGGUCCGAUUCUUGUACCGGUUCGAGAUGGAUCUUUCCAAGUCAGAAAAAGUCUUCCGGAGCAUGGUCCAGUGGAGAGCGGAAAACAAUAUGGAUACUUUUAUGGAGCGAUAUCAAGAACCACCAGAAAUAUUCAACCUUUAUCCUGCUUGCAUGCUGGCAGGGCUUGACAAGGAUGGCGAUCCAAUCUUAGUGAACCGUAUUGGCAGUUAUGAUGCAUUAGGGAUGCACCAGCAAGUUGGUAGUGAUGCCAUGCUUGAUGUUGAUUCUUUUUUACUUGAGCUGUUUUCGACAAGAAGCAAUGGCAUACCCAGCCAUUUGGACUGGCAGCAAUACCAUUAUGAACCAAUGACAGGCAAACGGUUUUCGCAAUUUACGGUUGUUGUGGAUCUUCAUGGGUUGAGUGUACGUCAGUUCCGUCCAGCCUUGUUUGGGCUGCUCCAGGAAUCCGCACAUAGCAAUCAAUACCAUUACCCAGGGUUGGCCAAGCGUGUCAUUGUCAAUCGGGCUCCCAAGAUCUUUCGAAUGGGAUGGAAUAUUGUGAAGAACUUCUAUGACGAACAGAGCAUGCGGCUAUUGAAAUUUGUCACUGAUGAUGACUAUCUUGAAGAGCUGCAAAAGUACAUGGAUGUAGAAGUCUUACCAGCUGUCAUAAACCCAGUGAAUGGCAAGGGCAAGCAAAUGCCUGGAUACAUGGAGAAAAUCAAACUGGAAGGAGGCAGGAUUCCAUAGCAAGGACAGUUGUCAUAAAUUAUUGGGCUGUCAGUCCGACUAUCUAGCUAGCUACGAAACACACUGUUCGAU